AUGAAGAAGGUGGACGCGGUGGAAGUGAAACCUCGGCUGCUGGUGGAAGAGAAGCCUCGCAAUGAGAAUUUGCCAAGUUCCACCCCGCCAGUGUCGCAGCCGGAGAGGCCGAACGCCGUGGAGCUGGUGCCCGUCGCGGUCGAGGAGAGUAGCGAGGUGGUGUCUCCAAGUGGACUCGCCGACCUCGACGCGGUGCUCGAUGCGCCGCGCGACGAGACGCGCGAGGAGGGACGGGCGUCGCUCCCGUCCAGUCCAGGACGGCCUCCAAACCAGAGCUGGACCAGCUGGCAGGCUUGGCCCGAGGACGAGGGAUCCACCGCGCACUGGAAGCGAUGGUCCAGCUGGGACCGAGCAACGACGACGCGCGCGAGGGAUGGCUGGCACAGGGCUUCUGACUGGUCAUGGUCAAAGGAGACCCGUGGCACUUUAACCUGGGUUCAAAGGAGACCUGGUCCAGCCCCACCCGCAGUGCCCACGGGUGGCGCAGUGUCCAUGACCGCAUGGAUUUUUCCACCGCUGGUGCUGGCGAGUGCGGAGGUCCUUGAAGGGCGUCACCAUGACGAAGCAAAGCCCAAAGCCUUGGAACUGAAAUGCGCCAAAGAGAAGAAACGCGACUUCAAGGUGCCACAUCCUUCACGUUCGUGCCACCGAGUCGAGGUGACGACCAAGCGAGUCGAGGAGCGGGUGGGUCGGGUGGAAGAGCGCCGCGAGUUCGGACGCGAGGACGUCCAUGAUUCGAUGGACGCCCAUCCUUGGCUCUUUGGAUCGCUCCGGCCUGGAGGCCCGAGCGGUGUUCGAUCCGAUUCGGUGCCCAACGUGGUGAAAAAAGACCGCUUCAAAGUAAGAGGGGCCGGAGCCGAGCCGUACGAGCGGGCGGGGCAGGGCGUUGGAGGAGGUGCUGGGCCUUUGCCCAAGGAGAGGGCGCCGCCGAGCUCGGCGCAGCUGGAGGCCGUGCAGCUCGAGAGCCGCGGCGCCGCGGGCGCGCCCGCGGGCGAGGAACGCGCCGGCGCGGGCGCUCGCACGGAUGCGAAGCGUGCUGGUGUGGAGGAGGAUCUUCAGUGGGCGGUGAUGGCUGUGUUGGAGGAGAUGUUGCUGCUGAAGUAUGGGCGAAGCAUGGAUCCCACCGAGCUGCGCCCGCGGCUGGCCGCGGGGCUCACGAAGCUGGAGGCUUCGUGGGAGCUCUCGGCCCACUUCGGAGGAAGUCAGGUCCAGGUGCAAAUCAGUGUGCAAGAGCUCACGUUCCAGGAGCUCUGCGCCUUGCUCCGCCACGCGCCCGGCACGGCACAGGCCGUGCUGUGGCGCGCGGAUGCCGCGUUGGCCGCGCUCCGGGUAGAUGCGCUGGAGCAUGUGGUGGGGCGGCGGCGCAGCAGUGGGCUGGCGCGUGUGGCAGCUGAGGACUUCGUCCACGCCUGCGCGUUGGAGCCCCACGUCGUGAGCCCGGAAUGGCCGACCACCAGCGAGUGGCAGGCGCUCUACGCCCGCGCCGGGAGGCUGCGCCCAGGCCCUGAGAGGAUCGCCCCGGAGCUGCUGCUGGCGCUGGCGGCCGAAACGCGCCCCGACGCGUCGGCGCUGGCGGUGCUGGAGCGUGCCUGGCGCAUGGGUGUGCAGAGGGUCGAAGUCAUGGGCAGGUUCUUGGGCUGGCUGGAUGGACCAGCGUCCGGACCCAUGGGGGAACAGACGGACGAGCUCAGGGUCGGCGAGGAUGCUGCGCGACUGCUUGGGGCAGGUGGGGUCCUUGCCAUCAUCGGCCUGGCCAUGACGGGGCUUUUGAAAGGGUGUGGGUGCGACGGUGAAAAACUCAUGUCCUGCGCAUUAAGCACAACAGUUUCGGCUGGAGCGGUGUGUGGCGAGACGGAAUACUCGAAAGUCAUGAGCGGCGCCACCACUGUGGCGGCCUGUUGCCAGGCCAUCAAAGAAGCUCAGGAUUGCUAUUUGGCUGAGGGUUGUGAUUGCAAUACCGAGUGCCGUCCACAAGACAAGCCACUAUUUUGCCCACUCAGUGGGAAACUACGUGACCCGACGACCUUUUGGGCUGGGGUCAUGGAUGGUCUGAACAAGGGCGGUGAAACCUGUGCAUCAGUCGGUGUAUCUGCCGCAACCUGCUGA